UCCAAAACAUUAAUUCUCCUCACCAAAUUUAUACUCUCAAUUAAUAAUUUCUUCUUCUCAUUGACGUUUCAGUUCAAUCUUCCUUCUCCUUUCCUCCUCCGCAAUGAUCCCAUCAAUGGCUUCCCGAGCCCCUAAAAGUGGUAAAGCCGAUCACCGUCGCUCCACCCCCGGCAAAUCCAUCAGGCCAAUGCGGGCCCUCCGCUCACUCGCGGUCUCCCUCAUGAUCCCCUUCUCCCUGAAUGCCGCCAUGAUCUUCUUAUUCGGUUCGGGCAAGAGGUACGAAGAGUUCCCCGACAAGACCCUGUGGGUCCCGCCAUUGUGGCUGAUCCACUCGGCUUCCCUCGGUUCGUCCCUCCUGAUGGGCCUCGCGAGCUGGCUGGUCUGGGCCCGGGGCGGGCUCCAUUUGGUCUCCGACGCGCUACCCCUCUACGUCGCGCAGGUCUCCCUGGGCAUUGUGUGGGAUCCCCUUGUCCUCGUGAUUGGUUCAUGUUGGGUCGGGUUCGUGUUCUGCAUCAUCAACUUUGGGACCCUCGUGGCUUGUAAAUCGAGCUUUCAGAAGGUGAACCAGUUAGCGGGAGAUAUUGCGAAUAUUUGCGCUAUGUGGGCUGCUUUUCUCACGUUUGUCACCCUGCAGCUUUCCUUCCUAUAGUUUGUAUUGUACAAAUUUCUAUUAGAAAAAGUGGAUUUUCCUCUCAUGUCCUCGUAUUUUACAGUCUUUCUGCUUUGCCCCCUAGAAUAUUGGACUCAAUCGAUUCUUUUAUCGAAGGGCUAGCUAGCUCAGUUGAUUCGGAGCCACUGAUCAGUUCUUAUUCAUCAGAAAUAUCGAUCGAGCACAUUCGAAAUCAUUUUUAUUUUGGAUUGCAGAUGAUGUCGAACCUAUGAUUCCAACUUACUGUCUCACACGAUUUUACGAAUGACACAACUUAAAAUUGACUAUAUAUUGAAUGUACUAGCGUGGAAUCUUUUUUCUU